AUGCCACCCGUCGUCGAGACAGUGACCAACUCGACGCCCGGGCACGUUCCGUCCCAGCUCCAGCUCGCGCUCGAGGGGCUUGAGACCGCCUGGGAGAACACCGGUGGGGAGCGGAAGGAACUCGGCAAGUGGCUCGGCCGCGUCAAGGCGUUCAUGAGCAAGAAGGGGUCCAGCUGGUCGCCCGCCGACGUGCAGGCCAUCGCCGACGAACUCGCCGAGUACAGCCUCGCAAUCGAGCAGGGCGAUGAUCCCGAGGGCUUUGACUCUCGCAAGGGCCAGACGCAGCAGACCUAA